AUGGAACAUAAUGCUAAGAUGUGUGCACACGAAGGCAAAGACUUGAAUGAUGCAACAAUGUAUCGGCAAUUGGUGGGUAGUUUGCUUUACUUAACUUUGACUAGACCCGAUAUCUCUUAUGCAGUUGGUGUGAUGAGUCGAUACAUGCAAAAUCCAAAGAAGCCUCAUUUGGAUGCAAUUCGACGAAUUUUGAGAUAUGUGAAGGAUACAAUUGAUUGUGGUCUGUUGUACAAGAAAGGUGAAGAUUGCAAGCUAGUUGGCUACUGUGAUGCUGAUUAUGCAAGAGAUCACGACACUCGUAGAUCAACUACCGGGUAUGUGUUUAUGCUUGGAUCAGGAGCAAUUUCAUGGUGUAGCAAGAGAUAA